GUCAAAUCGUUUAAAUAAUUCAUCCAUCAUUGAUUUGAUUUUCAACCAAAAUAAAAGUAAAAAUUGUUUCUUUCCUACCAUACAUAAAUCGGAAAUCGAACGAACUUGGAUUAAAUUUUAACUACAGCUUUCGUAUACAUUACAUCAAGAACUUCAAGUAAGCCGACUUUUAAUUAUCAUUGUACUUUUCUAUCACUGUAAAAUUAGAAAGUUUAUAUCCUACCGGCAUUGACACGAAGCAAUGUUGAAAGAGAUGAAGAAUGGUUACACGAGUGAAUUACCUGAAGCUGACCUCGAAGUAAGAUCUCUAAGCACUAUAGCUCCAUUUAGCACAGAACCAGGCCCUUUGGCAGAACUCGAAAGAUGUGAUUACGGGAAAAUAACUCGCGCCGUUGCCAUUUCUGGCACUGCCAGCCGACCAGUACGUGUAUACUCCGAUGGAAUUUACGAUGUUUUUCAUCAAGGACACGCCAAUCAGCUUUUGCAAGCAAAAAACGUGUUUCCUAACGUCUAUCUCAUUGUAGGCGUCUGCAAUGAUGCAUUAACGCACAGUUUAAAAGGACGAACUGUUAUGAAUGAAGACGAAAGGUACGAAGCAGUAAGACACUGCAAAUAUGUCAAUGAAGUAGUCAAAGACGCACCGUGGGUGCUGAACGAGGAGUUUCUCGAGAAACACAAGAUAGAUUUUGUAGCUCAUGACGAUAUCCCGUACACUUCUGAUGAUGCCGAAGACAUUUAUGCGUUUAUUAAAGCGAAAGACAUGUUUGUUUCGACUAAAAGGACUGAAGGUGUAUCGACUUCGGAUCUUGUUGCACGAAUCGUGCGUGAUUAUGACAUUUAUGUCCGUACAAGUUUGGCACAUGGAUGUUCCGCAAAAGAUUUAAAUGUAUCGUUCAUUGAAGAGAAGAAAUAUCGCUUCCAAAACAUGAUGGAUGAAUUAAAAGACAAAGGAAAGAAGGUUAUGACCAAUAUCGGUGGAAAAAGACUAGACAUACUAAGCAAAUGGGAAGAAAAGUCUCGGGAGCUAAUUGAGUCUUUUCUGUUGAUGUUCUGUCCUUCUGGACAUUUGUCCAGCAUUUGGAACGCUAAGGACAGGUUGAUGCAGGCUCUGAGUCCUCCCGCUUCACCAUUGAGAAGUCCAUCUCCAGAAACCGAUGGAGUAAGUGCCUGUUCAAAUUCAACAUUCGAAAAUGGUUCUGCAAUCAAUGGGAAGAUACCUCAAUUGAUCGUAGAAUUCAGUGAUGAUGAUGAAUUUGUUGAUAGUAUUCCGUAAACAGUAUUAAGACAAGUCUGAAGAUUUUUGUUAUUUUAUUUAAAUUAUUAUUGUUAUUUAUCUUAUUUAAUAACACCCUAGCGGGUAAUUAAGCUAUGUAUGUCUUGAUGUGUAGAGAUUUUAUCUAAUCUGUAUUUAAAAUCACAAGAGUCAGGCACGAAGAAACAGAGGCUAGCUUCAUACAAUUACAUUUUCGUAGGUUCUGACUUCUCAUUGUUUGUUUCUGUUAGGUUUCAGUUUAAUUUUGUAAAGAGUAAUUUAAUUUGUCUCUAUCAUCAUUAGAUAGUGAAUAUGUGUGUAGUGAACGUGUCCUCGGUUUCUUCCUCAGCCGUUGAGCAUCGAAGCCCCGGUGUUAUGCUAGUAAUUAUUUGUUAAUAAUUGUUGUCAAUGGAGGACUUAAGAAUUUUAGUCACAGUCUUAGAAAUUUCGAACUCCUGUUGCGUAGUGUGCAUGUGAGCUUUUUGUUAUCGCAAGGAAAAACCAGUAAUAUACCUAUGUCGAAACAGCCCAUUCGGCGAACUGUUUGUCGAUAGUCUAUUGUCAGUCUAAGAUUCAGUAUGUGUAACCGAAAUAAAAUGUAUUAAUAAGUGUUAGUUCCUUUUUUUUACAAGUUUCAUUAUGUAAUAAAUCCACGUCAUUUUAUGAUUUCACAGCAAUAUAAAAAUUAAAAUAGACUUUUUACGAAAUUACAUUACGUGGUCGAUAAAUGUUUUACUUUAGAAUGUGUAGGUUUGAGCUGUUAUUUGAUUUGUUUUCAACAAAAUUUAACAAUAAGUACUGUGACGAUUGUUAUAGGUUAGAAAAAUGGACUGUAGUAAAAAUGAUUUAUUUAAUCAUUCCAGUUAGCAUAAAAGUUCCUUGACAAAAGAUUCGUAAUCAUUCCAAUUAGCAUAAAAGUUCCUUUUAAAGGAAAAGGAACGUAUAUGCUAACUGGAAUGUUUACGAAUAACAAAUGUCAAAAUAAUGACAUUGAAAACUAGACCUAUUUGCUUUGUUAUAAAGAUCAUAUAAAGUUCCUGAAAUUGGGCACGAAAUUUAUUGCCAUCCCUUUUUGGCAAACUGUUAUUGUCGUACGCAAGAAAAAAAUGUCUACAAAUUUUAGAGCCAAGUUUAGCAACGGCUUUGCUUAUUUGUAAGCAUUCUAGUUUAGUAUUAUAAAUUAUUUCUUUUGUUUUUAUUUUACUAUUAUCUAUGCCAUUUAAUAAUAUUAUAACUAAGCAUUUAAGUAAAUGAAUCUCAAAGUAUUACCUAAUUUUUCGUGAUUUUUACACACGUAACAGUAUUUUUUUUUUGUAAGUAUUAUGUUUGCACAAUAAUUUAACGAUUUUUUGUUGAAUAAAUACUUAAUUUUGUCCAUG